UUCCAUAGAAAUUAAUUGCUUUCCGAUUUAGAAUUCAAUGGCUCGAUUUAUCUUUCUUUUGCUUGCCUUUCUCAUUUUGAUCACUGAUGUUACCAUUAUUAGCAUUUGCAAUGGCAACUCUGUUCACGCUGUCUGCAUUGAGAGUGAGAAAAAACCCCUUUUGAAAUUCAAGCAAGGUAUCGUGGAUCGCACCAACCGAUUGGCCUCUUGGGUUUCCGGUGGAGAUUGUUGUAGAUGGACGGGAAUUGUCUGCGACAACAUGACUGGUCAUGUCAUUGAACUCCACCUCAGAACUACUCCUCCAUGGGAGGUCGAUUACUAUGUGUACGAUGAAGAGGCUGAUGAGGCUUAUGAGAGAUCGAGGCUGGGUGGUAAGAUAAGUCCUUCUCUGCUCCAUUUGAAGCAUUUGAGUUAUUUGGAUCUUAGCAACAAUGAUUUUGGAGGAAUUCACAUGCCCAAGUUUUUUGGUUCUUUGGAGAGUUUACAAUACCUUAACCUUUCUGGUGCAAAUUUUGGAGGGGAGGUUCCUCACCAUCUUGGGAAUCUCUCUAAUAUGAAGUAUCUCAACCUUGGGAAUAAUUAUUACCAUACCAUGUAUGUUGAGAAUCUCCAUUGGUUGCCUAGUCUUUCUUCAUUGGAGUACCUUGAUUUGAGUUAUGUGAACCUUAUCCAAGCCUCCAAUUGGUUUCAUGCAUUAAAUACACUUCCUUCUUUGGUAGAAUUACACUUGUCAGACUGUCAACUUCCCUAUCAGGUCAAUCCCAUUGCAAGUGUAAAUUUAUCAUCUCUUGCUACCCUUUCUCUUUCUCUGAAUUAUUUCCAAAACUUGUCAGUGAUCAAUUGGGUUUUUGGUCUAAAAAACCUGAUUUCCCUUGAUCUAUGUGAUAAUGAUAUUGAGGGUUCAAUCCCUUAUGGUCUUCGAAAUUUGACUUUGUUAAAGCACCUUGAUUUGUCAGGCAAUUAUUUCAAUUCUUCAAUACCUAAUUGGUUGUACACUUUUGCUCCUCUUGAGUCUCUAAAUCUUAGGUAUAAUGAUUUGAAAGGUCAAAUUUCAAUUGAGAUAGACAAAAUGAACUUUAUUGUUGAUCUUGAUUUAUCCUAUAAUAGUUUUGAAGGUCGAAUCCCAAUUAGAUCAAUAGGAAAUCUUUGCAACUUGAGGUCACUCUCUUUCUCUGGUGUUAAUUUGAGUCUAAACAUAUCAAAUGUCUUAGAAGUAUUUUCUGUAUGUGUUUCUAAUAAAUUAGAGUCAUUGUUCUUGGAUGAUUGUCAGCUCUAUGGACAAUUAACCAACCAAUUAGGGAACUUUAAAAUUUUGAGAGAGUUGGAUUUGUCUGAAAACUCUAUCUCUAGUUCAAUACUAGAAUCCAUAGGAGAGCUUUCAUCCUUGAAAAUUUUAUAUCUCUUUCAAAACAAAUUCAAAGGAAACCUUCCUGAGUCAUUGGUCAACUUUCCAAUUUAGAAGUUGUUGAUAUAUCAAAUAAUUUUUUGGAGGGUACUUUUUCUGAGAAACACUUUUUUAACCUCACAAAAUUGUUAGUUUUGAUUGCAAAUGGGAACCCAUUGAGUUUGAAGGUUGAUCCUGGUUGGAUUCCUCCUUUCCAAAUGCAAGACUUGGAAUUAAGAUCUUGGCAUUUAGGACCGCAAUUUCCACAUUG